CUUACAGGAACUGUUCCCAAAGACUUCGAUCUUGAGAUUUAGAGAGCAAUCACGUGUGAAAACACUUAUCAGAAUUAGAGGGACAAUCCAGAUAACUACAUCUGUGGAGCAAAGAAAAAAGUGCAUUCAGCUACCAAGGAUUUCUCAUGUUCCCUGACAGAAACUCUGGAAAACCAAAAUUCCUGCUGGGUUUGGCAGUGGAUGAAGAUAAUGUUACCAUAGCUGGUGAUCUCUUCAGCAGGCAGCUGAACAUCAGGUGAAAUGGUCAGGAUUUUCUUUGCACGCAAGAGAACUGGAAAGCAAACUUUUCAAAGAGAAAAGCUGAAGCUUGAAUCCCUGCAAUACUACAACUGUAAAACAGCGUGCAGUUGCAGCAGUGGGCGCCUGAAAUCCUCUGAAUCUUCCAAACAAUUUGCUGAAGAGGUCUUGAAAGCACACAAUGACUACAGGAAGAAACACGGAGUCCCCCCAUUAAAACUCUGCAAGAAGUUAAACAGAGGAGCCCAACAGUAUGCGGAAGAACUGGCAGUCUCAAGGGUCCUCAAACACAGCUCUGAGUCUGCUAAUGGAAAAUGUGGAGAAAACUUGGCCUGGGCAUCCUACGAUCAACCAGGAAAGGACGUUGCUGACAGAUGGUACAGUGAAAUAAAGAAUUACAGCUUUCAAAACCCAGGGUUUUCUUCAGGGACAGGUCAUUUCACAGCAAUGGUUUGGAAGAACACAAAGAGAAUGGGAGUUGGAAAAGCAUCUGCUAGUGAUGGUUCUACAUUUGUGGUAGCUAGGUACGAUCCGGCUGGAAAUGUAGUAAAUCCAGGCUACUAUGAAGAAAAUGUCCUUCCUCCAAGAAAAUAACCUUUCUUUAGAGGUAGUCUUAUUGCUUAGUGACAGAUGAACCGAGGUUUGGACUUAACAGUGUUUGAAAUGGAGUACAAUUCAAUGACAUUUCCUGUUGGAUUCUGCUGCCCACUUCUCAUUGCAGAAGAAUCAAUUACAUGUUGCUUGAGUCAACCUGCGCAUUAGGUCCCUGUUGUUUCUGAGGAGACUUCAGUGUAUCAUGAAGUACAUGCAGCAUUUCUGAGGGGUAAAAGUUUUCUAACUUGUUCUUUUUUUGUAGUAGCUCGCAUGAACUCUGUGUCAGCAUGUGAGUAUGCACAUGUUGGAUGUCUCUUUCUAAACAAGCAGGUUUGUAGCUCUGUGUACACUGAAGAUACUGGCUUGUAACUAUAUCGCAUAUUCCAAGUUUUCCAAUUGUUUGCUAUUAAGUGCAACUUCUUUGCUCUGUCUGUACUUUUUUCUACUGUGAGGUCUCAUCCCCACAGCCUGAACAUAUGCAAAGCCUCCUGUAUGAAAGUUACUCAUAAAAAAUGUGGUAUAAUCCUGACAUACAUGCUUUCAUUAAAAGGAUCUCACGGGACACUAAGACUGCACUGGCAAAGUUGUAUCUGUCAAGCGAACUAUAACUCAUGCAUGACCAAAAAGCUACAAGAAAUGCUUAAAUCUUAGCUUUACAUUUUAGGUGCUAAUAUUUAAAAACUCAACACUAUCUUACUGUUUACAGAAUAUACAUUGUCAUAUAAUCAAAUCGAUUACUUCCCUUCCAGCAAGGUACUACCACUACCAUUUCUCUUUGAUUUCUAAGUUUCUCUGGGAAAUCAUUGUGAAUUUCAUUUCACGAUAACUUAUUUUGAUUUCCUAGAGAAUAUCUUCUGUAGGCAUUAACAUUCACAGAUCAUAAUUGAGAGAUGUUUACUCUCAGUUCAUACCAUUCAAAACAGAAAUACAUCAUGUGGUGGAAAGACGCCUCUGAGGACAUUUUCUUUUUUCUCUUAUAAAAUGUGGGUUUGCACUUUGGUCAAGUUCAUGUGCUGUGCUUCAAUUUGGGAUUUUCUUUUCUGUGUAAAGGUUCCUUUUGACUUCUGCUGAGAUUUGGCUCAUGAAAGGUGCCAUUGCAGAAAGACAUACUUUUGUUUACACAGUUGUAAUAAACUGCGCUCUUACGCCUUGAUGUUAUGUUACCGUGAUGCUGCGUGUUACAAUCCUUUUGCUGUAACCAAGACUUUAAUACAUACAAUGAACAUCUGAAAAUUAUAUAUUUUUGAAUAUGAGUCACUGAAGUCUUUGCUUUUACCUGAAUCUGUGUUGAAUAAUCUUUAAAUUUUAUUUCCAAGGCAUUAACAUAGGACGAUAUUACUUAAGUAAUCAGGUGCAAAAAACAAAACAAAACCAGCAAGUAAUCUAGCCCAGAUAAGCCAGGAGACCUUCUAAGUAAUGAUAAAUCAUAACAUAGGCAAGAGAUGACCAUCACCUCUUAUACAAACUUUGAACUAAGCCUUGGGUUCAAUGCUGAACAGCCAUAAGUCAUUCUCUGCUAAACUCCUGCUUUGUGUUUGAAUUUCUGCUGCUCCCUCUCUCGGUUGACGUGUUCUUGGUGAAGAACAUUCACUUGGCUCCCAGUUAGAUGUGUCUGUUUAGUAAUUGCAGUUUCGGGGCCUUCCCAUCUUCAACUUUGAUUUAAGAAACAUCAAAUAAAUCUGGUAUUCAGAUA